AUGAAUGCGUUCCAAAUUAUAGACAUUAGUUUAACCACCUUCGAUGCCAACGCUGCUACGUCAUCGGGGAAGACACUUGCACGUUCGAAUUUACUACCAAAUGCAGAUCUAAAAAGUGCAGAUAGAAAACUUGUUCACGAUGAGAAAUCAACGCAGGACAAGGGCGCUGGUUAUGCCACAGUUGAAGAAUCAUUACUUGGCCAGAAGCAAAUCAAUAGGGUAUGGUCCGAUGAUGACCUAUGUGCCCAAGCCGUCCUGUUCUUCAUAGCGGGCUUCGAGAGCGUAUCUACAGCCCUGUCGUUCCUGCUGUACGAGCUGGCUAUCAACCCUGACGUGCAAGAUAAACUGUACCAGGAAAUUAAAGAGAACGAAGCUAAGAACAACGGGCAAUUUGACUAUAAUUCUAUACAGAAUAUGGUUUAUAUGGACAUGGUAGUAUCAGAAACAUUGAGGCUGUGGAUGCCUGCCGUUGGCAUGGACAGAUGCUGUACCAAAGAUUACAACUUGGGCAAACCUAAUGACAAAGCUACGGAGGACUUCAUUAUCCGCAAAGGUGACGGUCUCCAGAUCCCUCUAUGGUCGAUCCAUCGCGACCCUAUAUAUUAUCCGAACCCGAACAAGUUCGACCCUGAGAGGUUUUCUGAAGAGAAUAAACAUAAGAUCCAGCCAUUCACCUAUAUGCCGUUUGGACUUGGGCCAAGGAAUUGUAUUGGGUCAAGAUUUGCCCUCUGUGAGGUGAAAGUAAUGGCAUAUCAGCUACUAAAGUCCAUCGAAGUGUCACCAUCGACCAGAACGACAAUACCUUCCAAAUUGGACCCUUCCACGUUCUUCAUUCGCAUUAAGGGAGGUCAUUGGGCCCGAUUUAAAAUUAGAAAAGAGCUGUGAAUGAAAAUUUUCUAAUAUCGAAAACUUUGUCUUAUAUUAAACAUAAGGUCAUUUUCAAAUGUUUUUUUUUCUGUAAGAAGUGGUUCUAUCUAUAUAUUGUCCAUGACACCUGCGAUACAGGGUUUCCUUAGUGCGGGGCUAUGUUAAGUGUGCUCUUCA